AUGAGCUUGAAAAGCAUCGCCCAGGAGCUCAGCAACGCGCUGUGUAAUAGAGGAAGGAAGCAGGCUUUUAUUCCUCGUGUUAGAGUCCAGGAGAUAUGGGCUGGAAAUCGCCUGGGAGACUUUGCGAAUGAGCUUCGCCUAGGACUCACAGAUGAGCAAAUCCGCAUUGCUCAGACAGAGUUGCUGCACACAAUAUCCCUUCUUAUUGCCAUAAACUGGAGGGAAUGGUCAAGAUUCAAAGCUAUUUUCUUUCCAUCCGAUCAAGCAAUAGCAAACAGUCGUCGCGAUUGCAAUAUUGCCUCACUCAGGCUGGAGGAUCUUGAGCAUGAAUCUUUCCUGGGAAGGGCUGAUAAUAUGGCACACUUUUUUAUGACAGAAAGGUGGCUAUACUUCCCUAUUCUGUUGAAAAUGGGCCACAACGAUGCAUACGGCGAAGAUUAUCGACUACCAUUGAUACUUGAUGAAACACAGAAGCCGAAGGAAGGUGGGUUUGGAAUAGUGACAAAGGCUGUGAUACCUCGUGGACAAAUAAUUAUCGACCGAAAUGACGAUCUAGGCUUUCGAGAAUUCCAACCUCAUAUGAGGGAGUUAGUCGUUGCCCGGAAGCGAUUUCACUCAACAGGAUUUCUCCGGGAGGUCAAUCAGUUGCAACGUCUCCGAUCAAGCUCUACUAUCCACAAACGAAUAGUUCAAGCACUUUCGAUCGUCACGAUCGGAAAUGAGCUCAACAUUAUAUCACAAUGGGCAGAUAUGGAUCUAGAAGAGUUUAUUGCAGGACGUCAUUGUGAAAUGCCUUCUGACCUGACCCUGGUUGGUUUGAUUGGAGAGUCUAAAGAGAUUGCGGGUGCGAUUGCCUUCCUUCAUGAUGGACUCCAAUCCGAUAGUGAGACCGAACAGCUGCUACCUUCGUCUCUUUGUCAUCUCGAUCUAAAGCCUAGGAAUAUUCUUGUUUUCAAGCAUCCAGAUAAGCCUUCAACUGGGAAAUGGGCAAUCACCGACUUUGGCAUUUCUCGAGUUGCACCGCGGAUUGCGCGUCACUACGGCUCUUAUCAGGGUCCCGACAGCGUUGUGCGUCCGAAAAAUGAUAUUUGGUCUCUGGGGUGCAUUCUUGUCCGUGUGUUUUCUCUAGGGUUCUCACCUGAGGAAUUGAACAGGCUAGACAAUCUGAGAGGAAUGGGUCCAGAUGGAGUGACACCCCAUAACGAUGAUCGUUUCCUCCGACAAGUGGCCGGAUCUCCACCCUUUCUAAAUCCGCAUGUGAAAUCGUGGAUCGACGACUUGCCAAAUACCUUCACCUCUUUCGAACUUAACCUCAGAGAAGGGAUGAAAGAUCUUCUUCUAAAGAUGCUUGUGAUAAGCAUUGACAUGCGUCUAAAUGCAAAAGAAGUGUGGUCAAAAUUGCAAGCCCUCGAGAGCAGGGCACGUCGACCAUCAGCGGAAGUUUUACCACCAUCACCACCAGAAACAGAUACACCGAGUACUGGGAGCACACGCGUACCAAAUCCCGGGGAAUUGCAGUUGGUAUAUUUUGCUCUGGACAGUGCAAUUGAGAAAAACCGACUCGAUCAAGUGGAACAAGCCUUGAAAUCUUUACCUGCCGACUUCGAGAUGACUGAAUCUGGCGAUCGACCUCUCAUAAAUGCAAUAAAACAAUCUAAUCAUGAGAUAGUCAAUGUUUUACUGGAGCAUGGGCCGACAUUAAACUUGGAAAGGCCUUCUUCCGACGGGGAAACUCCACUGUCUCUUGCUUCCCGUAUAGGCAAUGUUGAAAUUGUGAAAACCUUGCUCAGUUACAAAGCCUUGCCGAACAGUUGUUCCACCCGCCAAGGUGAAAGAGCACCUUCGCUGACGCCCUUGAUGGAAGCUGUCAUCCAUGGACACAUUGACGUAAUAUCCGUUCUCUUGGAAGAAAAGGCAAAAUGUGAGAUCUUUACAGGGCCCGAAAGGUGGAACUGCUUACACUAUGCGGUGAAUAAUAUCACGCAUGGCGUGGACCUGAUAACCGCAUUCAAAGAUAAGAUGGAUUUUAAUUUACGCCCACCAGAUCUGCCAGAGGAACAGAUCUCAUAUACAACUCCUUUGAUGCUUCAUAUAUCAUAUUUUGACAGGUAUCCCGAACAGAGCAAACGUCGUUGGCGAGAAAAAUUUGAUGCUCUCAUCGAUUGUGGAGCCGAUGUCAACAAAAGAUACACACGAAAAAGCCCCUUGGAGAUUGCAAUUGAGAAAAACAACGUUCGGCUUGCCAGAAUACUUGUUGAUGCUGAUGCAACUCUUCCAAGCGGCUACUACAAGGGACGAAGUCUUUCAUCUGAGAUGAAGAAAAUUGCGAAAGACGCAAAGGAAGAGGAUACCCCAAAACGUGGUUCCGCUGAUCUCCCUACUCCACGGCGUACAAGCACAAGUAUACUAUCUAGAUUUUCAAAGUCACGAUAA